CAUCAUGUGUUCGAAUGAAGACAGGAGGCCACAGUGAGGACGGGGAGAUCAUGGAUGACUCGGUGAUCGAUUACUUUUCCUCGCCGUGUCCGGUUAAAAACAAACCCGGGCUCAGAUCAAAACUCCAGCGCCCUACGUAGUAUGACAAACUAGUAGGCUUAGAAACAGGAGUGAGGAACGCAGGAACAUCUCCUACGUGUGUUUCCGAAGACUGAUCUUCAUUAGCAAAGACAUUAUAAAGCGAGAAGCUCGAGGUGUCGGUGUGUAAACAGCAGGAGAGUCGUGUACACUCGCCUACUACAGAGUAUGAAGAAAUAGUGCGGGUGUGUGGAGCUGUCCGGUUGCGAAACCACUGAAGAUAAAAAUCCCAACUUCUCCUUUCAUCCAGAAGCAUUCAAGAGUCUGCUGGUGCUGGCUGAAUCUCCUGACCAUCACAUCUACACAGCUCCUGCUGGUUAAUCAUCUCUGAGAGACAGAGGCAUGUUGCCCGAUCAGGAUGGAGAGAACCUUGGAGGAGGAGGAGGAGGAGGAGGAACAAGUGAAGAUCCCUCUGUUUCUCUUUUCAGGGAAUAUCUCCGUCUAAAGACGGUCCAUCCAGAACCAGACUACGACGCUGCUCUCAGGUUCCUGGCCAGGAUUUCCGAGGAACUCGGUUUGCCCAUGAAGAAAGUGGAGAUGUGUCCUGGUAGAGUCAUGACCAUCCUGACGUGGACAGGCACGAAUCCUGCGCUGAAGUCCAUCCUUCUAAACUCUCACACCGACGUCGUUCCUGUGUACCAGGAGCACUGGAAGUACGAUGCGUUCGCGGCUGUGAAGGACCCCCAGGGGAACAUCUACGGCAGAGGAACCCAGGACAUGAAGUCGGUCACUAUACAGUAUAUCGAAGCUAUUCGACGUCUGAAGGCUGCAGGGAAGACGUUCCCUCGCACCAUCCACCUCAUGUUUGUCCCAGAUGAAGAGGUCGGAGGUCACAAAGGGAUGGAAAUGUUUAUUAAUCACCCCGAGUUUCACAAACUCAACAUCGGAUUUGCCUUGGACGAGGGCUUGGCCAAUCCCACAGAGGCCUUCACAGUUUUUUAUGGAGAGAGGAGUCCAUGGUGGGUGACUGUUCGGUGUCCAGGGAGUCCAGGUCACGGCUCCAGAUUUGUGGAAAACACAGCCGCUGAAAAACUGCGCCGGGUCAUUAAUUUGUUCCUGGAGUUCAGAGAGAGAGAGAGAAAGCGGCUGAGUAUGAGCGAGUGUUUCACUCUGGGUGACGUCACCACAGUUAACAUGACGAUGGUGAAAGGGGGCAUGGCCUAUAACGUCAUACCUGCAGAGAUGGACGUCAGCUUCGACAUUAGAAUCCCGCCCACCGUUAAUCUGCAGGAGUUUGAGGAUCAGAUUAAGGCUUGGUGUAAGGAAGCAGGCGAUGACGUGACGUACGACUUUGCGCAGAAAGGAAUGAACCAGAAAACGACAUCUACAAUGGACAGCGACCCCUGGUGGAGAGCGUUUAGCUCCACAUGCAAGUCUUUGAGCAUGACGUUGAAGAAAGAGAUUUUUCCUGCUGCCACAGACAGUCGCUUCAUCAGAGCCGCUGGUCUGCCUGCGAUAGGAUUCUCUCCGAUGAAUCGCACCCCCAUCCUGCUGCACGACCACAACGAGUUUGUCAACGAGAGCGUGUUCCUUAGAGGCAUCCAUGUCUAUGAGGCCCUCAUCCCUGCUCUCGCCAGCGUGCCCACUCUAACCACUGAGGCCUAGACACACACACACACACCUAUAUAAAUAUACAUACUCUCUACACAAAUCUUUUUUUUUUUAUUAAAUAAAAAAAACAACAUUUUGCACUUCCAGCUGCUCUUGCCCUCUGCCCAACUGCCCCAAGAGUAAUUCUUGUGUUUUUGACACCAAAGAACUGGAAUUUGCCACGUGUAAGACCUCAGCCUUCUCCUAGCACGUGCUUCUAAUCCAGCAACUCAGUAUUCUGAGUUAAAUCAGAUAUAAUAACCUUAUCUCUUAAAGGCAUGAUGUCGCUCUGCUGUAGCGGCCGUCGCUCGUCUUAGUGAAGAAGCACGAAGUCUUAAAUCUAAAUGGCGGUUAGACGUUAGUGUAUGGUCAGUGAGACGUGAGCGAUGGUUUAUGGUCAGUGAGACGUGAGCGAUAGUGUAUGGUCAGUGAGAUGUAAACGGUGGUGUAUAGUCAGUGAGACGUGAGCGGUGGUGUAUGGUCAGUGAGAUGUGAGCGGUGGUGUAUGGUCAGUGAGACGUGAGCGGUGGUGUAUGGUCAGUGAAAUGAAAUACGAAGUAAUAACAUAUAGAUUUAGAAGUAGAAUGUGUCUUAUUUACUCAUGUUUACAAUCACAGUUGUAUAUUUGAUGACGUGUUGAUUUUUUUUUUCACAAGCUUGAUUUAAAUAUGCAUAUCUUAAAUAUGGAUUAAAUAUUUUAAACCCUCAAAA